CAUGGUUUGCCUGUCAACAAAGCGCGACUCCUUCACACACAGACAGCAGGCGGUCAGUCGCAUUGCCUCGCACCUUCAAUAUAAUGCACUUUCUUCCCCGGAUUUUCGACCACUGCACAUAGCCAAUACUAACCCCAGCCCUUGCACACACACACACCCGCCCUCUCUCCCUCUUUCUCCCUCUGCCGAGCCUCAGCAAGCACACCCAAGCAAGGCAAGAUGGAUCCACCAGCAUCACCCAAGCGAGUUACUCGAUCGAGAGUUGCUCCCAGGAGCAGUGCGACCUCAGGUACUGCAGCCUCUGCAGCCAAGUCCAAGUCUGUCGCCACUGCGCCAAAGACCAGGGCCACGCGAACCGGCACUGCUGCUGCCUCCACCACCAAGCCUUCUACCCUCACCGCACCGUCAACAAGGACGUCGGUCAAGCGUAAGACGCGCGCCGACGACGAUGAAGGUGACAGCGAGGCCGAGACAGCCCCUAAACGCCAGCAGCCCGCGUCUAGGACUGCCGUCAGAGCCACGCGCGGCCCAGGCAGGCCCAAGAAGAUUGUCGACUCCGAACCAGUGCCUACCCCCGCACCUGCGCCUGUCCGAGCUACACGGGGCAGACCACCCAAGAAACCUGCCAAAGAGGCAGUGAAAGAGGAGCAACCGGCAAGGUCUACUCGGACAAGGGUCGCAAAGACACAAGAUGGCGAGGAUGAUCCUGCAGACGUCGCUGAACUAGCAGCACCGGUCAAGAAGGCCACCCGCGGUCGUCCUGCUGGCAGUACCAAGGCUGCAAGUGCGCAAGCUUCCAAACCUGUGAAGAAGACAGUUACUUUUGCAGAGCCUGACAAGGAGAAUCUCGCACCCUCUGCAGCAUCCAAGCGCAAGCCCGCAGCUACCAAACCUGCCGAACCCACCACCACUGGCAUGCGAGCGAAGCCCGUGCGAAAGCCCACAGCUGGCCGUGCCACCAGGACAGCCGCGACGAAGAAGCUCGUCCGCGACGUCGAAGACAAGGCUAUGCCCCUGAGCCCUAAGAAGGUCACGCAGUUGUCAGCGAACAGGGACAUUGACACCGAGUCGGAGGAUGAGCUGGCUAUGGACCGCACGCCUGCAAGGGCUUUCCGCAAGACCCCAGUGAAGCCUGCCGUCGCCAAGAAGCUCAAAGAUGAGGUAAAGGACGACAACCUACCCUCAGAUGAAGAGACAGAGGCAUUGGCCCCUACCGAGCCCACGGUAUUGCUUGGUAGCCCCGUGCGCAGACCGCCUCCGUCGCCUUUCAAGGACUCGAUGAAAUCUCCUGCAAAGAGGAUCGACGGCCUCCAGUUGGGACUGCCCGCAAUCAAGGAGUCCAUCCAGUCAGGCACCUCCCCAUCCAAGGCCUCCUUGUUCAACUCGCCUGCAAAGCGAUGCCCUCUGCCGAUGAACCCUCUUGAUCUCGACUCAUCCAGCCGACAUGAAGCAAUUACUGCUUCUCCGUUCAAGCAGUCCCUCUUCUCAUCCCCAGCCAAGCGACCUUUCUCGCCCAUGAAGACCCCGAGGCUGCCAGAGCCUGAGCCGGAGAGCGUAGCAAAGUCUCCUGCUCCAACGCCCGUAUUGCUUUGCACCCCGUUCGAAGCCCCUGCACCCGAGGAACAAGAGCAAGCCGAUGCGCCUGAGGCGGAUGCCGAGCCUGUGGAGCCUGCUUUUGAUGAUGAACUGACCGAUGAUGAUGACGAUGCCCCGUCUCCUUCAGGCGCGGAAUUCAACGGCCGAAUGUCCACGGUCCUGCCUCGCGAUGCGGAUCCCACAUUGACCAUUGAUGAGCCUCUCGGGAAUGAACCAACUGAAGGCGAGGAUGAUGACCAGGAAACGGUUGUUCUCGAGGAUGAGCAGGAGCAUGAGGACGUACAAGAGGACAACGACGUCGGAGACGCUCAAAACGAGUCUAUGGUUUUGGAUGAGGUUGUGGUGGAGAGCGAAACCAUUGCUCACGACAGCAUUAGUACCACGCCACCAAACUCGCCUCCCAAGCAGGCACUGAGCAUGUUUGGACUUCAGCCAAGGGAAAGUGUCUCGUUUGACAUGAGCUUCACGGAGUCCGAGGAUGAGCUCACACGCGUGAUGACCCCGAAGUCGGCUUCUCCCACCAAACAAAUGAGAGGCAGCACCAUGAGGCCCCGGACUUCUGGGUUUGGGUUCACCCCCUUGGCCCAGCGCUUCGACUCGUGGCAAGCCGGAAGCCCACUCAAGAACGAGCUAAAGGCUACAACUCCAAAGGGGGCCGAGGCUGCACCUUCGGCAGAUGCUCGCAGCUCACCGUUGGAAAACAACUUCUUCGAAGCUGAGAUGUCGGCCCGCCCCGACCCAGAGGCCAACGACUCAAUCAAUGAGGACGACCCGCUGGCUAGUGUCCCCGAGAUUAAGGAUCCCGUGAUUGAGGACAUCUCUAUAACAGAUGAGGACCUGGACCUCGCGGCAGAGGCGAAUGAGAUGUCUAUGAUGUCCCAUGAGCAAGUCGAGUCGAUGCUCAACCUCGACGGCCGGGACGACACCAUGUCAGAUGCCAGCCAGGAGUAUGGAGACGAGAACGAGGUUCCUGCUGGACUUUCACACAACGGCACAGUUCCCGUCACCCCACAGCGAACACUUCGUCGCGAAGUCCACACGGUGUCCAAGAUACCCUUAAAGCCUGCAGACGAGUCUACCCCGCCACCACAACCGUCUCUGAAGAAGCGGAGGCACAGCAUCUCUCGCCUUCCCGUGACGCGACCGACCCAUGGCCUCACGAGGAGUGCCACUGUCAUUUCUUAUUCGCCCUCGCACAAGCUGACUGUCGAGCCUGCCUUCGAGGAGGCGGCUGAAGAGGAGGAGACUCGUUCACGAGCUGGGUCUCUGCCUCCUGUCACCCCCACCAAACCCGAAGGCUGGUCCAACGUAUUCACUCCUGGCCGAACUCCUCGCCAAGAUGUAAACCCCGCCCUGCUCCGAGGUGCCGUCGUCUUCGUCGAUGUCCACACUGAGGAGGGCGCGGACGCCAACGCUAUUUUCGUUGAGCUUCUCACUCAGAUGGGUGCUCGGUGCGUCAAGUCCUGGAACUGGAACCCCAGUGAUGAGGACGCAUCUUCCAAGAUUGGCAUCACUCAUGUGGUGUUCAAGGAUGGCGGAAAACGCACCAUGGAAAAGGUGCGCGAGACGGGCGGUGUUGUGCAGUGUGUUGGUGUGUCAUGGGUCCUCGACUGUGAGCGGGAGAAUGAGUGGCUUGAGGAGGCCCCUUACUACAUCGACACAUCGCUUGUGCCCCGCGGUGGUCACCGCCGCAGAAAGUCCAUGGAGCCUAAGGCCCUUGCCAAUCACAACGGCACACUAAUCACCGAUUCUGCUAUGCGCAAGACUUCGGCACGUGAGAGCCAGGGCGCCCCGACUACGCCUGCACCGGCAAACCGCCGCGACAGUGCCCUCUGGAUGCACUCUCCCGACUUUGAGGAUGACGAAGGCGGUGAGGAUGAUGGACACUUCCAGAAGUUCUACGACGACCACGAAGACUGGUUCGACGCCGCGCCGCUGACUCCCGUGCCCAAGACCCCUGCACCAGAGGCCAUCCGCCGGUUCGCCACGCAGGCCACACCGGGCGGCGCGGACAUGUCGGCCAGCGAGGCCGACGACGAGGAGGAUGAAGAGCUCUCGCAGGAGCAGCUUAUCCAGAGGACGUGCCCGCCCAAGGCGCAGCACAUGUACGAGAACCUGGGCGCCGGGAUCCUGGGCCGGAGCAAGGACGAGAACGUGGUCAGGCGCCUGAUGGACGCCCGGCGCAAGAGCCUGGCGUUCGCACCUAAGGUGUCAAGUCCGCUGGCCAAGAGCUGGAAGGACUGGAAUUGAAGUGGAGGGGGACGGGGCUGUACCUCUCCUGGCCUUGCACGCUUGCUUCAAAGUUUUGAAGCCUUGCACCAUUCGUUUUGCAUUAUUAGCAUUUAAGCCUGUCUGGUUUUCAGGUGCUGGCGGUCGGCGUUGAGCGGGAUGGUUAGGCACAGGAGUUUGUCUGAUUUCUUUUGGUGGAUAGCCUCUCUUACGGCGUUUGCUAGACUCACCAGGUUGGUGAUGGGACACUCAGAUCUUGUCCUCAUGAAUCAUGUUUGUGGUCAA